AUGGCCAUGGCGGCCGCGGCGGGGGCUCGGGCCGUGCGCUGCGCGCUCUGCCGGGGCGGCCCGAGGCGCUGGUACCGCACCGAGCGCGGCGUCUACGGCUACAAACCGCGGAAGGCGGCGGGCGGGCGGGCGCAGGAGCAGCGCGGCGCCGGCAGAGCAGUUGACCAUGGUCUUGCUCGUUUAAUAACUGCCUAUGCUGAACAUGGCCACAAAGCUGCCAAAAUAAACCCACUGUUUGCCGACCAAGCUGUUAUGAACAUGGUACCUGAAAUCCAAGAGCUGGCUGAAGUUCUUCAGGGUCCUCUCGCUACUACAGGACUUAUAAACAUGGGAAAAGAGGAGGCUUCUGUAGAGGAUGUGAUGGCUUAUCUUGACCAUAUAUACUGCGGGCAUAUUUCCAUAGAAACAAGCCAGCUUCCAACUUUGGAGGAGAGAGAAUGGUUUGCUAAAAGGUUUGAAGAGCUAAAGCAAGAAGCAUUUACACCUGAAGAGAAAAAGCACUUGUGCAAACUGAUGCUGGAGUCCCAGGAGUUUGAUCACUUCUUGGCCACCAAGUUUACCACAGUGAAGCGAUACGGUGGUGAAGGAGCAGAGAGCAUGAUGGGCUUCUUCCACGAGCUGUUCAAGAUGUGUGCGUACAGCGGGGUCACGGAUAUCAUCAUUGGAAUGCCUCAUCGGGGGAGGCUUAAUCUGCUUGUGGGCUUACUUCAGCUUCCUCCUGAGCUCAUGUUCCGCAAGAUGCGUGGUUUGAGUGAGUUUCCAGAGAAUUCGGCAGCCAUUGGGGACGUUCUUUCCCACCUGACAUCUUCUGUCGAUCUGGACUUUGGCUCCCACAGACCUGUGCAUGUCACCUUGCUCCCCAACCCCUCACACUUAGAAGCCAUCAACCCAGUGGCUGUGGGCAAGACUCGAGCCAGGCAACAGACUCUGCUCGAUGGCGAUUACUCCCCAGAGAGUUCUGCACAGCCUGGGGACAAAGUUAUUUGCCUGCAGGUUCAUGGCGACGCUGCUUUCUCUGGACAAGGGAUUGUUCCUGAAACACUGACCCUCUCUAAUCUACCACAUUUCAGAGUUGGUGGGAGCAUCCAUUUGAUUGUUAAUAACCAGCUGGGCUAUACCACUCCUCCAGAGCGAGGAAGGUCAUCUCUGUACUGCAGUGACAUUGGUAAAAUCGUUGGAUGUGCAGUUAUCCAUGUGAACGGGGAUGAUCCUGAGGAAGUUGUCCGUGCCACACGACUGGCUGUGGAGUACCAGCGCCAGUUCCGCAGGGACGUCAUUGUGGACUUGCUGUGCUACAGGCAGUGGGGCCACAAUGAGCUUGAUGAGCCCUUCUUCACCAACCCCAGCAUGUACAAAAUCAUCAGAUCCCGUAAGAGUAUCCCAGACACGUAUGCAGAACACCUCACGGCUGCCGGGCUCAUGACUGAGGCUGAAGUGUCUGAGAUAAAGACCACGUGCUAUUCCAAGCUGAACGAUCACCUUGCCAACAUGACUUUGUACAGCCCACCCCCUACCAACCUGCAGGCUCACUGGAAAGGCUUCGUGGAACCUUCUGCCAAAAUCACCACCUGGGACACGGGGAUGCCUGUGCCACUCCUGCAGUUCAUUGGAGCCAAGUCUGUGGAGGUGCCCGAAGAGCUCCAGAUGCACAGCCAUCUCCUGAAGACCUAUGCUCAGUCAAGAGUUCAAAAAAUGGAGGAAGGAAAAAAGCUGGACUGGGCAACAGCUGAAACUUUAGCAUUUGGUUCUCUGCUGAGCCAAGGGUUUAAUAUCAGACUAAGUGGACAAGAUGUUGGCAGAGGAACCUUCAGCCAACGACAUGCAAUGUUGGUUUGCCAAGAGACAGAUGAUACCUACAUUCCUCUGAAUCACAUGUCCCCAGACCAGAAGGGUUUCCUAGAGGUGAGUAACAGUCCCUUGUCUGAAGAAGCUGUGCUUGGUUUUGAAUAUGGAAUGAGUAUUGAGAGCCCUAAGUUACUGCCAAUUUGGGAAGCUCAAUUUGGAGACUUCUUUAAUGGAGCCCAGAUAAUAUUUGACACUUUCAUCUCUGGAGGUGAGGCUAAAUGGCUUCUGCAGAGUGGGAUAGUAAUUCUUCUUCCCCAUGGCUAUGACGGUGCAGGCCCUGAGCACUCGUCCUGCCGGAUGGAACGGUUCUUACAGAUGUGUGACAGCUCAGAAGAGGGUGUUGAUGGCGACCAGGUCAACAUGUCAGUUGUGCAUCCCACCACCCCAGCACAGUAUUUCCAUCUACUCCGGAGGCAAAUGGUCCGAAACUUCAGGAAACCUCUCAUUGUUGCUUCUCCCAAAGUGUUACUCAGGCUUCCAGCUGCUGUAUCAAGUUUUGAAGAAAUGGCCCCAGGGACAACAUUCAAGCCUGUCAUUGGUGAUUCCUCAGUAGAUCCUAAAAGUGUCACCCAAGUGGUGCUGUGUUCUGGAAAGCAUUACUAUGCUCUGGUGAAGCAAAGAGAAACACUGGCAGAGAAGCAGCACAGCACAGCUAUUCUGAGACUUGAAGAGCUUUGUCCUUUCCCCCUGGAAGCUCUACAGCAAGAGUUGAGCAAGUACAGCCAUGCAAAAGUCUUCAAAUGGAGUCAGGAAGAACCACAGAACAUGGGUCCAUGGUCCUUUGUGUCUCCACGGUUUGAAAAGCAGCUGGGGCUUAAGCUCCGUCUUGUGAGCAGACCUCCUCUACCAGCCCCAGCAGUCGGCAUUGGAACCCUCCACAACAAGCAGCAGGAAGAUGUUCUGACACACACAUUUAUCUAAGUUUUCAAUGGAUGGGCUGCUCCUGAUGUCAAUCAUGUUUAGUGCCUCCUCCUGUGAAGAACAAAAGCUAGAUCCUUAAGACUCUUAGUUCUCAAAAUGGGAAAAAAAAAAGGUAGAAUAAGUUUGGUAAUGAUGAAGCAAUUUUUUCAUGUUGGAGAAUACCUAACAAUGAGAAGUGCCUGUUACUCCUGAUACUUCUUUUUCUCUUAUACAAUUUUCUACAAAAUGUCUUUAUAAAGUUAAAAAUCCAGUCCAGGGGACAGAUUGGUGAGGUGACUGUGGAAUACCUUUUAUCUUGCUGCUUAUUUGCACUUGACAGUUUCCUGGGAUGGUGCGUGUCUCCUUCUACAGAAGUGUUAGUACUGCUUGAUCAAAUAAAUGCUUCCCAUGCCUGGGAAUGAGCCAUUUCGAUAGCAGAAUGUUGUGGAUUAUCUCUUUUUUCUUUCCUUGAGGGCCAGGAAUGCAAUCUGUUGUGGCUGUUGGUGCUCUUCUCAGUAUCUGAAUUGUUAAAGCGGGAUUUCCAUUGGGGGGACCAUGCAGGAUGGCUCCUGAAGGCUCCAGGCACCACUGGUUUUCUCACCCAGAGGGUGAGAAAUCCCAAGGGAUGGUUUCAGCACAGCUGUCAUCUGGAGAAAGGAAAGGAAUCAGUCUUUAUUGAGAAACAAAGGAUAAAGGACAAAACCACUGAGGUUAAAUAGGAGACUAAUGAAACCAAAUGGAGGACAGGCAUCCAGGCUGACCCCAGUGUUGACUGCCCACAGCAGCAUUCCCACCACCACAAGAUUUCUACCAGCAUUUUUCCUUUCCUGGUUUCAGGGUGAAGUUGGCACCUCCUUGCUCUUCUCAGUUACCUGUGCAAGCAAUGCUUAAGUAAUCCAAACUCACUGUGAGCCAGAGACAUUUCUGAAAAGAAACAAAUGGGGUUUAACCAGACCCAGCACUUGUGGAUGGAAAGUCAUGGUAGGUGAGAAAAAGCAGAUCACAGGCAGGGUGUGCAUUCACUUGGGGAGACAGCUCCCAAAAUCAUCUCUGAAGCCUGCUUUAGUAUUUCAUCCUAACUGACAUACUCAUUCAUUAACUCCAUAUGACCCAGAAGUUACCUCUGUAACCUCUGUUCUGUCAUGUUUCACAUGACUGCAUUAGCGCAUCCAUCACAGCAACAUGAAGUCAUGUUUCUCCCAGUUUACUCUAGCACAACCUCCUGCACAUCCUGAACAGCUUUAUCUAAUCAAGGCAUAUUCUGCUUUAAAUUUCUGCUGAUAACUAGAAAAAGGAGGCUGAAGAGUAACGUUGCUUUUGCUGCAGCUGUAGCCAAGGAAGUUGUAGAGCACAAUCACCAGCCUUGACUGCACACUGAUGAUUACAUAAACCCGCAGUUUUAGUGCACACAAGGGAAGAACAGAGCCCAUGUUUUGAGUUUCACAUGGCCCAAACCUGACCUUGUUAUGCACCAUUCCCCCACAGGCUGUGCAGGUCUGGUUAUCCAACCAGAUAAAGGAUGCUCAAGUGUUCUGACCCUGUUUGAUCCUCCUGGUGGGAGACAAAGCCAUUUCUGUAGUGCUGCUUGGCUCAAUGCCUCCAGCCCCAUCAGUGUGCCAUGAAGCUCCCCAGGGAUCUGGGGUAGGAAGGGAGAGCUUGAGCACAGCUUUCCUGGGGUAGGAAGGGAGAGCUUGAGCACAGCUUUCCUCAGUCAGCUGACACAGACUGCCUGCAGAACACUGCUCUUGCGUGAUGGAUAACAGCUUCCAGGAGCAAGGCAAAGCACGUGCUGACUGAGGGGCUGAGACUGUUUCUCCCAGCAAUUCUGGAUGCACACAUUCCAUCUGUGUGCCUUGCUCUUCUCUGCAUGCCAGCUGGGACAUCCUGCACAGCGCUGGAUUGCUUUUGCUUUGGGGAAAAGAGAAGCAGGAAUUAGAAUAGAACCAUAGACUAUCCUGAAUUGGAAGGGACCCACAAGGAUCAUCGAGUCCAGCUCCGGGCCCUGCACAGGACACCCCAAGAGUCACACUCUGUGCCUGAGCUGCUACACAGGCUGAGUAACAGAGCAGGUCCCAGUCCUUGGACAGGAAAUUCUGUGGGUCAUUGACACAAGGAGAGGUGAGGUUUAUGUGCUGUUAGAUAGCAAGGAGCUAACUAGAGAGAGAGAGAGUUACAGAAUUGGUGUAUUGUGGUGUGUCAGGAUUUUCAGAGAGAAGUGCAAGACUAGCAGGAAAAAAAGUAAAGAUAUUAAGGAAUGAGCUCUUAGGUUGAGCAGUUCAUUAAAGGGAGCAAAAGCACUCAGAAAGAAAAUACACCAGGAAAACGUAUUAAAACAAGUAUUUUAGUACCAGUGAUGUUAUUUUAGAUUUAGAAAAUACAGUCUGAACAUUGAAGAUGAAAAUUUCUGAACACAGUAGUAUUUUGAAUAAGCAAAGAAAGCAGUACUGCAUUUUUAUUUUUUUGCUUCUAUCAGUGAGGGAGGUGACAUAGAAACAUUUGUUCAGCACACCUGAAAUGGUGUAUCUGUGUCAGUAUGGACUGAAGAAAUCUCUGGACCUUUUAUCAAUCAUCAAAACAGUGGCCAGUGACUUAGAGACAGGAGGGAUUGCUAACAAAACCUGUAAUUUAAUGAACUUCUCUAAUAAGUAUGGCUAAAAAUCUGAAUGAAGGAUGAUUACAGGAAACUUCCUGAAGCUUAUCUACUAACCCAGCUAUUAUUUGGAGAUUAUGAUCUACAAGUACACUGCCAGGCACAAUAAUUAUGGGCAUUUGUCAGACAGUACAAGAACUCUAGGUGAAAGUGAUUGCUAUGGAGUUGCUCACUAGUAUUUGUUAAGUUAUGAGUAUAUAAAACUGGAAGAAAAAACUUUUCCAAGUAAUUUCAGAUAAGGGAAGCUAUUGAACAAAGUUGUUUAGGUAUUGUAGCAAGGUCUUGGUUAAGAGGAUUUCUUAGGAAAUGCAGAGUAAAAUCCAAAAUAUAGAUUCAAAGUUUUGAAGGAGCCCUAAUGAUUCACACAUUUUGUGUUCUUUUUUGGUAACUCAACCUAAUACAGGAAGAAUUCAAGCUUGUGCAUCAAAUCAGUUAUUCAGAAAGAAUAAAUACUGUUUUUAACGAUCAUAUCUAAAUCUUGCAAUAAAUUCUGAUGAUCUUAAUUUUA